GGGAUGGGAAACUGGGCCGAUUGAAUCUGUCUUUUUCUUUCCAUCAGAUCAGGACACUCAGCUGGGAUCCAUUGACUUCCUGAGGUCCAUGACCUCCAUGAAGUUCUUGCCAAGUUUUGUUUAUGCAUUCGUACGUUUCUUGGGGAAAAGGGUCUACAACUUCCGUCAGGUUCUCAAAGGAAUCUGUAGAUGCACUGUGGCACUAGAAAAUGCUGUUUGCUGUUUCUUGGGUAUUUUUAAAGCAAGAGUCACAGGAAAUUAGAAAGACAAGAAGAGCGGGAGGAUGUCCACAGUCCUGGACCCUUUCUUGUGUGGAAGGUCUGUUUAGAUGUGUUUGGUACACUAGGCAGGCCUCAGAAGUUCUGGUCUCUGUUUCUUAAACAGGAGUAACAGAAAGCUUAGACACGGAAAAGAGGAGAUAGAAUAGGUGACAUAGGACAGUAGUGGCAGUUUGAAAAUAUCUUAGUUUUUGCCACUAGUAAGCUCUGCAACAAUACUAUGUAUCAUUUAGGGAUCUUAAUUGAGUUUUAGUAAAUGAAAGGACUGAAAGAUACUUAAAACUCCUCAUAUCUGUGAUACACAUUCUGGAAGAAGUCUCUGUCAGGGAUAUUUAAAAUGCUUUUAAUUUAAGGGAAAGGAGUCCUCUUUUGCCUUUCUCUAAAUUUGUGGCUCUGAAAGGAAAGGAAGCUAGUUUCAGAUGCCUAUGUUGUACAAUCGAUCAGUGCAUUUCAGAAUAGGUUCACAAGUUUGGUCUUGACUUUUUAGAUGGUAAAGGAACAUUUAAUCAUAAGCAUAUUGUAAUUGAAGCUUUGUUCCUUGGUAUGAAAUGGUUGACAGCAAUUUUCUAAUGUAUGGGAUUUUUUUUUGAGAUGGUUUCAUGUGGCCCAGACUGGCUCCAAACUUGUAGUGUACCUCAGGAUGGCCUUGAAUUCUUGAUCCUCCUGCCCUUAACCUUCCAAGUGCUGAGAUUAAAGUCAUGUCUGGCUAUAGCAAUUUUAUAUGGAAAAAAUAUGGACCUAUUUGGUUAAAAAUUAUUUCUUAAGCUUUCCUAGAUACAUAUAAAUUUCAACUCAUUGAUUUGAAUUUUUCCUUUUAUUGAGUUAGCUGUUUAAACCAAGAAUUCUUGAAAGUUUUGUUUGAACUACAUUAUUCCAGAAUGAAGAGAAUAAUUUGAAAUCCUUUAAUGUGUUCGCAGUCACUAUUUAGAAGCAAGAUGCUUGAAUGAGAGAGAUUAUCGGGACCGGAGAUACAUUGAUGAAUACAGAAAUGAAUACUGCGAAGGAUAUGUUCCAAGACAUUACCAUAGAGACAUUGAAAGCACUUACCGGAUCCAUUGCAGUAAAUCCUCAGUCAGAAGCAGGAGAAGCAGCCCUAAAAGAAAACGUAAUAGACACUGUGCAAGUCAUCAGUCACAUUCGAUGAAAUCGUGGACACUUUAGGUGAAGGGGCCUUUGGCAAAGUUGUAGAGUGCAUUGAUCAUGGCAUGGAUGGCUUACAUGUAGCUGUGAAAAUUGUAAAAAAUGUAGGCCGUUACCGGGAGGCAGCUCGCUCUGAAAUCCAAGUAUUGGAGCAUUUGAACAGUACUGACCCCAACAGUGUCUUCCGAUGUGUCCAGAUGCUAGAAUGGUUUGAUCAUCAUGGUCAUGUUUGUAUUGUAUUUGAGCUGCUGGGACUUAGUACCUAUGAUUUUAUUAAAGAAAAUAGCUUUCUGCCAUUUCAAAUCGAUCACAUCAGGCAAAUGGCUUAUCAGAUCUGCCAAUCUAUAAAUUUUUUACAUCAUAAUAAAUUAACACACACGGAUCUAAAACCUGAAAAUAUUUUAUUUGUGAAGUCUGACUAUGUAGUCAAAUACAAUUCUAAAAUGAAACGAGAUGAGCGCACAUUGAAAAACACAGAUAUCAAAGUUGUUGACUUUGGAAGUGCAACAUAUGAUGACGAACAUCAUAGUACUCUGGUGUCCACAAGGCACUACAGGGCUCCAGAGGUCAUUUUGGCUUUAGGUUGGUCUCAGCCUUGUGAUGUUUGGAGCAUAGGCUGCAUUCUUAUUGAAUAUUACCUUGGGUUCACAGUCUUUCAGACUCAUGAUAGCAAAGAGCACCUGGCAAUGAUGGAACGGAUAUUAGGACCCAUCCCAGCACAUAUGAUCCAAAAGACAAGGAAACGCAAGUAUUUCCACCAUAACCAGCUAGAUUGGGAUGAGCACAGUUCAGCCGGGAGAUAUGUUAGGAGACGCUGCAAGCCAUUAAAGGAGUUUAUGCUGUGUCACGAUGAAGAGCACGAGAAGCUGUUUGACCUGGUUCGAAGAAUGCUGGAGUAUGACCCAACAAAAAGGAUUACCUUGGAUGAAGCCUUGCAGCACCCUUUCUUUGACUUAUUAAAAAGGAAAUGAAUGGGACUCGGUGGUCUUCCUACAUACUUCUCUAGGAGCAAUUACUUUAAGACUGUGUCAGUCAACUAAAUAUUCUAAUAUUUUUGUAAACAUUAAAUUAUUUUGUACAGUUAAGUGUAAAUACUUGUAUGUUUUGUAUCAAUAGCAUAACUACCUUGUUAAGUAUGGUGUUGAUAAUGAAUGUAAUAUAAGAGUUAAAGUGAAUCUUCCUUUUGAUGUUAAUUGCCAUUUUUAAAAACCUUUAGAAUGCCUUUUGUGUCCAGUGAUAAACGUGAUUGGUCUUGUCUUUUGUACAUGAAGGUUGACUCUGAAUUGAUUUUUUUUUUCCUCAAGUAAAAGGAAAUCUUGACCACUU